AUGUCGAUAAUUUUUGCUAUCAUUGUCACUUUUUUCUUGGACAUGCCAGUUUCUGAUGGAACAUCUUGCUAUGUUUGCGAGGAAACCACUUCAGGACAGAUCUGUAAAUCUGGCGAAAGACUUUUACACGACAGAAUUAAAGGAGGACUUUUUAUCCGAAACUGCACAGCCAGUAGAUAUUGCAAGAUUGAAGCUAUAAUGAACGCAGGAGGUGCCACUGUAAGCUUUAUACGUGGUUGUACAGACGGUGAAUACGCGGGUAAAAGUGUCUCCCUACUGGCAAAAACUGUUUCUCCAAACAACCAGACACAGUGCGCAUAUGAUACACUCUCAGGACUUAAGUUUUGUAUUGCACUUUGUAGUACUAACUAUUGCAAUGGUCCCCAAAUAAUGGAGACAUCCGGUGGAACAAUUUCUAACGAAGUGUUUUCACUGUUUAGUACUGUCUUUGUUCUGAUGAUGUUCAUGAUUCUGAAGUACCGAUGA